AUGAGAGGAGGAAGUUUGUGGCAGCUUGGCCAGUCAAUCAGUCGCCGCAUUGCUCAGGCUGAUAAGAAGGCUGUAGCACGUCGAUUCUUCGCAAGCGAAGCUGAUCUCAAGAAGACAGUGCUUUAUGACUUCCAUGUCGCUCAUGGGGGAAAAAUGGUGCCUUUUGCUGGGUGGAGCAUGCCCAUUCAAUACAAGGACUCAAUCAUGGACUCCACAGUGAACUGCAGAGAAAAUGGUAGCCUCUUUGAUGUCUCUCAUAUGUGUGGGCUUAGCCUCAAAGGGAAGGAUUGCAUUCCUUUCCUUGAAAAGCUGGUCAUUGCCGACGUCGCUGCGCUAGCUCCUGGCACAGGGACACUGUCUGUGUUUACUAAUGAGAAAGGAGGGGCAAUUGAUGACUCUGUGAUCACCAAAGUCAAGGAUGAUCUCAUAUACCUUGUGGUGAAUGCGGGGUGUAGGGAUAAGGACCUGGCCCAUAUCGAGGAGCAUAUGAAGGCUUUCAAGGCCAAAGGCGGGGAUGUUUCGUGGCACAUUCAUGAUGAAAGAUCUCUCCUUGCUCUCCAGGGUCCUCUUGCCGCCCCAGUUCUCCAGCACCUGACAAAAGAGGACUUGAGCAAGAUUUAUUUCAGUGACUUUCGCAUCAUUGAUAUCAACGGUGCUUCCUGCUUCCUCACCAGAACCGGUUACACUGGUGAAGAUGGAUUUGAAAUCUCGGUUCCUUCAGAGCAUGCUGUGGAUCUGGCCAAAGCGAUCCUGGAGAAGUCAGAAGGGAAGGUGAGGUUGACCGGCUUAGGUGCUCGGGACAGUCUCCGUCUUGAAGCUGGACUUUGUUUAUAUGGCAACGAUAUGGAACAACACAUAACUCCGGUGGAAGCAGGACUGACAUGGGCCAUUGGGAAGAGGAGGAGGGCUGAAGGCGGAUUCCUCGGAGCCAAGACAAUCCUCAAGCAGCUUGAAGAGGGUCCGAAGAUCAGGCGUGUCGGAUUCAUCUCUUCAGGCCCGCCCGCCAGAAGUCACAGCGAGAUCCAGAACGAUAAGGGAGCCAACAUCGGUGAAGUCACGAGUGGAGGGUUCAGCCCUUGCUUGAAGAAGAACAUAGCCAUGGGGUACGUGAAAUCCGGGUCGCACAAAGCUGGAACCAAGGUUAAGAUCCUGGUCCGAGGAAAGGCCUACGACGGCGCCGUCACGAAAAUGCCAUUCGUCCCCACAAAGUACUACAAGCCAUCUUAAUUGUCGGAUGGUACAUGAGCCCCAUGAACCUUUUCUCUGUUCUUCCUGAUGCCUCUCUGUUUUUGACAUGCUUUGAAUAACUUGACAUUGAUAGUUGCAAUCAAUGAUAAUCUUCAUGUUCAUA